AUGUACUGCAUCUGUUUUGUCCAAGGUGACGAAAAGAAAGACGAGGACGUGAAGCCCGACGACAAAAAGGGAAACGACCAGGACAAAACGAAGGAAAGGGAAACAGCCCUCGAGCAGGCGCAGGCAGCGCGAGCAGCAGCGCUUCCAGCCGAGUACUUGGCUGCGACCUCGCACAUCCCCUCAUCCUUCUUCAACAAUGCCGCUGCAGCGUUGUUGGGUUUAGACAAGGAUAAGGAAAAAGCAGAAAGGGAUGCAGAAAAGAAUAAUGAAUCCAGAGAAGAGUCGAGGCCCACUCCGCUCUCUGGCAUCCCCGAGGAGCCCAAGGGCAUGGGUAUGCCGGCUGCCUUUGGCGCGCCGCCGAAGGGGCCAGGUAUGCAAAUGCCGGCAUCGGGUCCUGGCAUGGGCAUGCCGGGCAUGGCAGGAGCGGCGAAGUCCGCGGGCGGCCUCCCUGCAGCGAUGAUGGCCAUGAGAAAGCCGGACGAGGGUCCACCGAAGACGAUCCCACCCAAGUUCGGCGCACCGGGGCCGCCACCCAUCCCGGUGAAGUCGGGCAUGCCUCUGCCGCCACCGGGGCAGCCGUUCCCACCCAAGCCUGGCUCAAUGGCGAUGAUUCCAGCGAAAAGUGGUGGUGGUCCGAUGCCUUGCUUUAACACCGGACCUGGGCCUGGGCUCGGCAUGCCACCGAAGGCGCCCGGAGACAACAAAGAUGAUGACGAUGACUCCAGCGACGACUCUAGCGACGACGAUGGCGCCGGCCCGAACCCGAUGAUGAUGUUAAUGAUGCUGAAACAAAUGCAAACCGCCGUGAUGUCGAACAUGGACAAGGCGCCACCAGAGAUGCAAGAGCAGCAGAAGAUGCUCUUAAACAUGCAGCAGCAGUUCGAGGCGAUCCAACGCAGCUUUGACUGUCCGGUGGCUCUGCGCCUUCGGACAUGCCCAUGUUCCCACCACCUGGAAUGGGUGGUGGGUGCGGUGGGUGCGGAGGCUGUGGUGGGCCAUGUGGGCCGCCAGGGGGCUGCGGAGGCUGCGGCGGCUGCGGUGGGUGCGGUGGUCCGCCCGGCGGCUGUGGAGGCUGCGGAGGGUGUGGUGGGCCUUGCGGCCCGCCAGGCGGCUGUGGGGGGUGCGGUGGACCGUGUGGACCACCUGGUGGCUGUGGAGGUUGCGGCGGCUGCGGCGGCUGCGGUGCUUUGGUUGCAUCUGCAUGACUAUCCGCUAAACUCGCUAAACCUUGAAGCCUUGAUCGCAAGAGAGCUUAUCGCGUGCUGA